AUGGAUGAAGUCGUGUGCCCAAGCUCACCAGCAGAGGUGGAGGACCUGGGUGCUGGGAACCAGGAGCGGGUGGCACAUCGUGGGGCUGGGGGGACGUGGCUCAGCCCCUCAGUAACUGCCUCCUUGGUGCACACAGCUUCCAGGGCUCAGCCCGUGCUGCUCCAGCCGCCUGCCGUGGUGGUGCUGCCCGGGCAGACGGCUCGGCUGUCCUGCACCCUGAGCGCCCCCUACAACAUCAGCCAGUUUGGCAUCGCCUGGUUCCAGCAGCGCCCGGGGCAGGUAGCCCUGAGGUAUUUGCUCUAUUACAACUCUGAGCGAGACAAGCACAGGCCCACCAAGGUUCCCGACCGCUUCUCUGCUACCAAAGACCUCGCCAGCAACGCCUGCAUCCUCAUCAUCGCCUCUGCCCGCCAGGAGGACAACGGCAGCUACUACUGCUCCCUGUCCGUUGCCUUCCACUGGGCUUAGAAACGGGGGACAGAGGCUU